UGGCGCGUGAUGGUGUGUGCCACGUGGUUUGUGAUGUUUUUUUCUGGCGAGCGAGCGAGGAGGGGUGGAUGAUGAUGAUGAAAGUGACGUGCGCGCUGUGCGCGUGUCACUUGAUGACCACAACUGCGCCGCCCACCCUCAUUAAUGCACCCAGGGGACAACCCACUGUGACCUUUGGCCCAGUGUUGAGCUUGGGCACAGUCUACCGAGAGAGGAGCCCAAGUGUGUCACCCAACGGGCACACUCGGCGAGACGCAGACACACACACAUGUGUCGACGUGGCGGAGUGGCAACUGUGACAGUGGAGGAAGAGAGACGGCUGUGGAGGACAUGGCGAGGAGCGAGUCGGUCGGCGCUAUGGCCAGCUCCACCUGGUGGUGCCCGGCGCUGAUAGUCUGCACCUACGGCUUCGUGUCUCAGCUGAGGCCGGCCGAGUCUUUCCUCAUGCCCUUCCUGCUCAGCCCGGACAAGAACCUGACACGCGAGCAGAUCGCCAACGAGGUGAUGCCGGUGCUCGUCUACUCCUACAUGGCCGUGCUGGUGCCCGUCUUCCUGCUGUCCGACCUGCUGCGCUACAAGCCCAUGCUGGUGCUGCAGAGCGCCAGCUUGGUGGCCGUGUGGCUGCUCCUGCUGUUCACGCAGGGCAUCCUCGGCAUCCAAUUCGUGGAGUUCUUCUACGGCGUGAGCAUGGCGGCGCGCGUGGCCUUCUCGCCGAUACUCUUCGCGCUCGUGGAGACGGGCCACGUGCAGCGCGUGACGAGCGUGUCGCGCGCGGGCCCCUCCUCUGGCCUCUUCAGCAGCUCCGUGCUGGGGCAGCUGUGCGUGACGGUGUGGGGGGUCUCCUACGGGACGCUCAACCGCGUCUCCCUGGGCUUCGUCUCCGUCUCCUUCCUCUUCUCGCUGUUCUUGCCGUGGCCCCGCCGCAGCCUCUUCUUCCACCGGCCCCCGCCGGGCGCCGCCGCCGUCGCCGCCGCCGGCGACGGCGGCGACGGCGACGACGGCGACGACGGGCGUCGCCCCGAGCGGGGGCCGCUCGCGAACGGCGACGCGGAGCCCGCCGGAGGGGGUGGCUCCGCCGCCGUGAGCGCCGAGGGCCGCGUCGGCCGGGCCGGGGGGAGGCGGGGACGCGGACGGGCGGCCGCCGCCACGUACCUCAAGUGGCUGCGCAGGGCGGGCCGCGCCGUCGCCUCGUCGCCCAGCCUGUGCUCGUGGUGCGCCUGGUGGGUGUUCGGCAUGACCGGGUACUACAUGGUCAUCUACUACGUGCAGCUGCUGUGGGACGAGGUGGAGCCGUCGCGCGACAACCCCCGCGUGUACAACGGCGCCACGGAGGCGGCGUCCACCCUGCUGAGUGCGCUGGCGUCGCUGGCCGUGGGCUUCCUGCGCGUGCGCUGGGCCGUGUGGGGGGAGCUGCUGCUCGGCGUGGUGGUGGCGCUGGAGGCGGCGCUGCUCUACGCCAUGAACGUCACGCGCAGCAUCUGGCUGUGCUACGCCGCCUACGUGCUCUUCCGCACGGUGCACCAGCUCCUGCUCACCGUCGCCACGUUCCAGAUCGGCAAGGAGCUGACGCGUGAGUGCAGCGCGCUGGUGUUCGGGGUGAGCACGUUCCUCGCCACCGUGCUGCAGACCAUCAUGACGCUCGUCGUGUGCGACAAGCUCGGCCCCCUCUCGCUUUCCGUGCACGACCAGUUCUACGUCUACUGCGGCUACUUCGUCGUGCUGGCUGUGGCGUUCCUGUGCCGCGCCGCGUUCACCUUCGUCAGGCGACGGCGCUCGGGCAAGGGAGCGGACCCCUUCACCUCCGACCUCGUCGCCUCCGACCUCGUCACCUCCGACCCCGUAUCCCCCGACCCCGUAUCCCCCGACCCCAUCAAUCCCGACAUCAUCACCUCCGACCCCAUCACCCCCAAACCCAUCGCAUCCGAUCCCAUCGCCCCCAAACCCAUCGCCUCCGACCCCGUCACCUCCGACCCCGUCACCUCCGACCCCGUCGCCCCCGACCCCGUCACCCCAUACCCAACCACCACCGUUGACCCCGCCACCUCCUAACCCAUCGCUCCCGACCCCAUCGCUCCCGACACUGUGAACCGGGAAUCGCGUCGCAGUCCCACCGCGUGCCCAGCGGCAGUGUGGGGGGGGUUGUGAGUGCGAGGACCUUCGCCGGUUGUUCGGGGUUCAGAUCGACCUUGUGUCCUUGCUGUGAGCACUUUUAACUCGACACCGGCAGCAGCAGCAGCUGCUGCUGCGACUGCUCCACCACUUGGGCGGGGAGUCCACCUUUUAGCAUCCUUUGCUAGGAACCUUACAUUGUACACGUGUAUAAAAAUGCGUGCGUGUAUAUAUUUAUGUAAACCAACAUAUACAUAAAUAACAUAUGUGAAUGUUUGAGAAGUCAUCAUGGCCAGCCACUCGUCCCAUCGUGGUGGACAGGAGAUUUCAGGUUUUAGCCACACGGUUAAAAUCUUCUUCUAAAAAUUUGGCGACAAAUCCCAAAGUUUUGGCUUUCGUCCGCGUCCCCCUCACGGACGUUGAGAGUCAACGCCAACCGCGGGGGGCGCGUCGCGCAAUUGACCGAAUUGACGAGUUGGAGGGACGCGGAUUUUAUUUUUCAUUUUCCGAGCUGCCGUGUAAAUCAUGCCGCCCACUUAAGAUGCCACUCACUGUUACCGUCACAGCAGCGGCAAGUAACGCAUGGAACCGCGACUGGAGUAGCGUGACGAUGCGUUGAAGGGAAGCUAAUCGUCGUGGCUGUGAGACUCAAGUGUACAUCUAAUCACGUGGUGGGUGGUGAAUCAUUGCUAACGUAGUAACACCCGACACAGCAGUCUUCAACAUUUGGGAGUAUGUUUUUCUUUCCAGCACGAGACACCCGCGGGGUCUUCAAGGAUUCCCUUCACCCCAAGCGUCUCGGGCUCUCGCGUUCCCCCCCCCCUCCACCUUUAUAUCCCUCAAGCCCCCUUUCUCGAAGGUUCCUUGACCCACUUUCUCUCCAGCCAAUCACCUUCCCGCUCUCCUUAAACGAACUCCCUGUCAAUCAUCUUCCGUCACCCGCUCUUUUCCAUUUUAGUAUUUGUGUAAGUAGUGAUAGUAUUGUAGUGUAUAGCAGUGCAGUGUACAAUAGUGUAGUGUAUAGUGUAGUGUUUAUCAUACCUGUCAAGCCCUUAUCAGUGCCCUACCUUAUUACAGACCUAUUCAGACUUUAUUGGUCACCCUGUGCCCCUUAUAAAUCUCAACGUUCAUCCUAAAAAAGUCCCAUCGCAAGGGAGAAACGCAGACAAAUAGACAGAAAUUAUGUUACGGCUCUACGCCGUAUUCACCUGAAAACUCAAAUUCCCUGAACAAGAAUACGGGGUAAACCGUACGGGUUGACAGCGAUGCAUCAUUUCUCCUCCAAUCCCUUCCAAUUUCCCUGCCUCUAACCACAAUCCCCUUUCAGGCCUGUUGGAUACCGAUCGGAGGGGCACGUUUUUUUUUACUUUGCUGAUUAUCCGUACCACGCGGUGCUCCACCACGCCAGGUGAGCAUCGUCCGUAGCAAUACAAUGUCCACGCUCGCGUUUACCGGUGGACUUUUAAUUGAGUCGCGCAUGAGACGAUUAUAGACGAUUAUACGAUUGCACAGUUUUUACACUUUGAAUUUUUUUUUACGAACUCGGCACUGUGGCUCAGAAUGCAGCACUGUACUGCAUUACGCAACACUGUGCCGUCUGUGCUCGUUCUCGAAACGAGAGAGCAAACACAAAAACGCGUGACUCGAUUUUGGUAAUGGGGGCUCGUAAUGGCCAAUUCUGAUCACCGACGUCCAGAGUCCAAGGCUGAAAUCUUGGGCUCCCGUCCCCCCCGAGAUUAAAACGAGGCCCUCGUGAUCAGCGAUUUUUCUGGCCUCACUCUGUGCGCCGAUGACUCCGAGCGAAAGAACAAUCAAACUACUCUUUUUGCACCCAAUUCCUGCGGCCCACGUGCAAUUGGAGGCAUCUCGAGGCCUCUGUCGGCGUACGGUCACCGCGCGGUCACCGCGCGGUCACCGCGCGGUG